AUGCCUGCGGCUGUCGACGAGAUGACAUCUACAUCAAGUUCACAAGCCGCCAUGGAUAAUGACAAGAAGCGUAAUAAGCUGGGGUAUCAUCGAACCUCUGUCGCAUGUGUGCAUUGUCGACGACGAAAGAUUCGGUGUCUGGUGGCGCCGGACGAUGCGCAGGGCCGCUGUGAGAAUUGCAUCCGGUUGCGCAAGGAAUGCCAGUUCUUCCCUGUCGACCAACAACCACCUGUGGAGAAGAAAUCCCGUCCCAGCUCAAGGCUUGAAACACCGUCUACCGAGCGAUCGACGACGGCCUCUAUUACAUCGUCUCCGACCAACCUCGUCCCUGACCCUAAUGAGGCCUUUUACCCGUACCCCAUGGCGUUUAACACGACGUCAGCAACCGACAUGUCAACUUACAAUACAACGAUGGUUUCCACUCCGAUGAUGGGGUUUGUACCAGACCGACCCAUGGCACCAAAUGACUUCUCAGGGCCCCCGUCAAUGGAUACUGGGGUGGCAUGGGAUGAAUUCACGACGAUAUCAGACCCCCAAAUACUCGCCACGAUGACUGGCAAAAGCCAGAUGAUGAAUUUGGCGCCCAAUGUAUGGAAUCCCGGGACGAUUCCUUCAGGGCUACCCCCGAAUUCCCCCAUGUCCGGAACUUCCCCCAUGGCAAGCCAGGCUCAGUCCAUGAGUGCCCCAGCAUAUACUAUGCAGCCAGACGGUUCAGUCUGGCAAGUGCCACCACCGCUGAGGACCAUGAGUUACCCCGGACAAGGCGAUAUGGCCUCCACCUACCCCAACCAAUUUCCCCCGCAGGUAAAUUCGGAUCUGAAGCGGAGGAUGACGACUCCUGCCCAGACCUUUUCCACCACUACCGCUGCCGGCGCGCAGAGCUCUCCGAACCCGAGUCCCGACAUGCAGACGGCUGCCGGGCCAGUCCCGUAUGCGGGCCAAGCCGCCAUGGGUUUUCCACAGUGGCAAGACAUGGGCGCCAUGUCUGGCAUUGGCGUGGUGCCAUAUCCCAUGUAUGCUGGCGAGGCCGUCCAACAACCCGCCUUCCCUACCAACCCACCCCCGAUGGGCCAUCCGGGCGCUCCAGGCCAUUCACCGGGGUCAUGA